AAGUGUUGAACUUAUAUGUACCUACCUAGGCAUCGUGCUACGAAAUAUUGACCCGACCCUAUUUUCUUAUGGUACUGACUUAGGUAAAGAGCCUCUAUCCAUAGUAUAUUUGUCAUGAUGUCAUACUUCAUCAUGCCAAUAUGGCAACACAUGCCAUCACAGUUAUGCUGGUGACGCCUUUGAGCUUUCUACACCACAUUAAAUUGACUACAAAAGCUUGCCAGUUUAUACUUGUCUACGCAAAAUAAAGUUCCUACACUAUUAAUUAUUCAACAGUAACAAAUCAUUGGCUUCACGUUCACGAUGGUCGCUAUCCGUAUUAGUCACACCUUAAACGCCUUGCGGGCCGCUCGCGUCCGCGGUCCACAAGCUUAUCGCGGCAUAACCACUACUUCCCGUGCCAACGCACAGGGUUACGGUGAUGGCGAGGGAGACCCCAAAGGAGGAGAUCCUCAGGCCCAGCCAGCAUCAAGCAACGCGCAACAGUCAGCCGAGCACCCUGGCCCAGCCCCACCCGACGUGGGAAAGGGAACUGGGGGAGGACCAACCAAGGCCGGGCUCUCGAAGAGCAUGAACAAGGCAGCGGACAAAGAAUCCGGCAUCAAGUCUGCCGAGUCAGCCAGCGCGCAGUCCGGCGGCUCGCGAUCCAAGGAGGCGACGGAGACGGGGAGCAGUCCCACUGGCGGGAGCAUCGCGAACGCGGCAAGCCAGAAAGGAGGUGAGGCGCUCAAAGGUCCUCAGGGCAAGGGCACACCCAGCCCCAAGCUCCACGGCCAGGGCAUGCCCAGCGGGAAUGUCAAAUCGGGCUUGAGUGACGAGCAGAAACAGGAAGUCGAAAGGCAUAACGCCGACUUCGAGAAGCGACACGACCGCGCAGCGCCUGCAGCGGAUGACAAGGUCGAUCCAAAAUUCUGGAAGGGAUCGUGAGUAAUGCGUUGUUGCAAUGCUGCGUUGCUGCUUUGUCACUUGGUGUU